AUGGGCCUGCUGAACCUGCUGCGCAAGCUCAAGAAGGACGACAGCGAGGCGCGCAUCCUCGUGCUGGGGCUGGACAACGGCGGCAAGACCACCAUCCUCAAGAAGCUCUCGGAGGAGGACAUCAGCCACAUCAUGCCCACGCAGGGCUUCAACGUCAAGAGCCUGCAGGUGGACGGCUUCAAGCUCAACAUGUGGGACAUCGGCGGCCAGAAGACAAUCCGCCCCUACUGGAGGAACUACUACGAGCAGACCGACGCCCUGAUCUACGUGAUCGACAGCGCGGACCGCCGCCGCCUUGAGGAGACGGGCAUGGAGCUCGUGACGCUGCUCGAGGAGGAGAAGCUCUCGAACGUGCCCAUCCUCGUGUUCGCCAACAAGCAGGACCUGCUGAACGCACUGCCCUCGGGCGAAAUCUCCACGGCGCUCAACCUGGCCACCAUCCGCGACCGCACGUGGCACAUCCAGGCCUGCUCGGCCAAGACGGGCGAGGGCCUGCAAGAAGGCAUGGAGUGGAUAGUCAACACAAUGAGCACCGGACGGGAGGCCAAGUAA